GCGUCAAAUAUGUCGUCACGCCCGGCUGCUAGGCGACCGGCGCCGAAAGGCGAGUACAUUGAGACGGACUCCGGUAACAAAGUCUCCCGCCGUAGCGCCAUCACAGGGACUGCGAACAUCAUGCUUGGCGGUCGAACCGUGAUCAUGGCCGACGUAGUUCUCAGAGGAGACUUGCACUCAACCCGACCCGUGCCAUCGAGCUCGGGUAAAGACGUCACCCCCACGAGCAUCAGUAUCGGAAGAUGUACCGUCAUUUCUACUGGUAGCGUGAUCAAGCCGCCUUGCAAAAUCAGUCGGGGUCAGACGCAUUACUAUCCUAUCAAGAUCAGUGACAAUGUUUUUGUCGGUCCAAAUUGCACGAUAUCCGCCAUCUCUAUAUCAUCGCAUGUUCAUAUUGGCGCCAACGUGGUCAUCCAGCCCUUCGCCAUCAUUAAAGAAAACGUCAAGAUUCUACCAAAUACUGUCAUUCCUGCGAACAUGAUAAUAGCUUCAGGAUCAGUGGUAGGCGGGCAGCCAGCACGAGUAGUCGGCGAGGUCGGCGAGGGUUGGGGCGUGAGUGGAGGUGGGUCGGGAGGCGGACUGGGAGUUGGUGGUGGCGGCGAGGAGAAGUGGGUUGAGGGUGGUGAUCUGAGGGAAUUGGUGAGGAGUAUCAAAUGA